AUGGCGCACUGCCACCGACCCUCCAGUGUUACCAAGACUGAUGCAGUGCCCAAGGCCGAGCCACAGGAGAUCAUUAAGCCUGUGCCGAUCACCCAUCCUGCCCCGCCCAUCACCUUCACAAGCCCCUCCCCCCAGCCGGGCACUGCCUAUAACAAGACCGCCCGCCCCUUCGGCGGGGGCAGUGGUGUGGCCGCCCCCAAGGUGGCCUCCAUCCCCUCUGCCUCAUCUGCUUUCACCCCCGCUGCCCCCUCCCAGCCUCCCCAGCCUCCCCAGCCUCCCUUCCCCCUCAGUAGCACCUCACGCUCCCCAGCCCCAGCCCAGUCCUUGGCCCCAGCCUCAUCUCGAGCCCCGGCCCCCGUCAACACCACCGUCCCCGCGUUCAAACCCGGCUCCGGCCGCUCCGCCUUCACCUCCCCUUCCUCCUCCUCCUCCCCCUCCUCCUCUUCCUCUUCCUCCUCCUCCCCGGCCAGAGUGACAGUCCCCUCCUCCAAUCCCAAUGUCCCGCAGCCCUCCGUCUAUAACACACCCAUCAACCUCUACUCCAACCUCAACGCCUGCGAGGUCGCUAUGGGCCAGAGGCGGGGCCUGCUGGAGAGCCCUGGCGUCGUCGAGCAAUUCAACGGCUUGGGCAGGAGGCCCGUUGUGGAGGCGGAGCCUGAGCUGAGCCACGGCCCCAACCUGAGCGAGGCCAGUAAGAUGCGCCUGAUGGAGGACACGGAGGACUGGCACCCCCGCUCCGGCACCGCCCAGUCCCGCUCCUUCCGCAUCCUGGCCCAGAUCACCGGCACCGAGAAGGAUCAAGGCCAGGACAACAAAUGUGGAAAGAAUGACACGCCACAUGAGGCCCCGCCCAGCGCCCACAUCACGUCCUCAGCCAGGACCUUCACCAAGGCCCCCGCCGGAGCCCCCAGGAACGGCACCGGGGUGCCCCCCCCUACCCUGAAGACCUCCGCGGCCCAGGGCAAGCCCUCCUGGCAGGCUGGGGGACCAGCAGGUGCUCCAAAGGGUGUGGCCGCCCCUUCGUUUGGGCGGGUCACCAACACCGCCGUGCCCAAAGGGCCGGACCGCCCCGCGCCCCAGGCUCACCCCCAGGACCUGGACUGCCUGGUGCAGCGGGCCGAGCACAUCCCGGCAGGAACACGCACGCCCAUGUGUGGAGGCUGCAACAAUGUCAUCAGGGGUCCCUUCCUGGUAGCCAUGGGCAUGUCGUGGCACCCUGAGGAGUUCAACUGCGCCCACUGCCACGCCUCGCUGGCGGAGUGCGGCUUCGUGGAGGAGCGCGGGGCCGUGUACUGCGCCCACUGCUACGAGGAGUUCUUCGCCCCAUCCUGCACCAGCUGCCAGCAGAAGAUCCUGGGAGAAGUGAUCAACGCCCUGAAGCAGACCUGGCACGUGUACUGCUUCCUGUGUGCUUCCUGCCAACAGCCAAUCAGGAACAACACGUUCCACCUGGAGGAUGGGCAGCCGUACUGUGAGAAAGACUACUACAGCCUGUUUGGGACUAGUUGCCAUGGUUGCGACUUCCCCAUCGAGGCCGGGGACAAGUUCCUGGAGGCUCUGGGUUUCACCUGGCACGACACCUGCUUUGUGUGUGCUGUCUGUAACACCAGCUUAGAGGGCCAGGCUUUCUUCUCCAAGAAGGAUAAACCUCUGUGCAAGAAACACGCCCACACUGUCAAGAUCUGAGGCCCCCUUAAGUGGUGACAGCAGGGAAGGAGACCGACAGACAGGAACACUUCUACAAUCAGCUGUUGAUAUAUAUUUUUUAUGUUGAAAAGAUAGAUUUUUAUCUGAUUCAGGCUUUUGUAUUGAGAGAAAUGGUGAGAUAUGGGUGACUAGUAAGCAUCAUGUUUCAUUAUGUCGUGUGUGUGUGUGUGUGUGUAUUUGCUUGUGCGGUAAUGGGGGUAGAAUAUGUUGAAUAGCAGAGCUUUUAUGAAUUAUCUAUUAGAAAUACUGUUCCUUUAGUCUCAAUACCAUACCUGGGGAAUGAUGAAUUUUACAAUAUUAUAAUUCAAAGUUUCAUGAAUUAUUGGAUCGAAAUGAUAAAAUGUUGUAUUAUUGCAUUUGUAUAUUGUUCACACAAUUCUUUUCAUAUUCAAAUAUACUCAGAGUGCCUUACAAAAGAGUAAAAUAUAUAUAUUUGAAAACAUUUCAAGAACAAUUAAAUUUGAUGUCAAUCAGUGAUGAGUAACAAGAUUAGAAUUAAAUUAUUUUUUUCUAUCAUUGAAUUGCAUAUUAGUUACAUAAGGAGUGUUAAAAUAGAUUUGCAUAGUUCCCAUAGAAAUUCAUAUCUUUCCAGAGAAAGUCCUUGAUGUCUAACUGUCAUGUCCUUCGGUUCUCAUUCAUUUAUGUUAUUUGACAUAAAGCCAUUUGCCAGAAGUGUAUUGAGAGUGAAACUUUUGUGGACUGUCUUGAAGCAUUAGCUUGGGUACAAAAGCAGUCGGCUACUUCAGUCUGCUAGACUUUCUGUCUGUCUGUCUGUCUGUCUGUCUGUCUGUCUGUCUGUCUGUCUGUCUGUCUGUCUGUGUGGUGAGUCGGGGCUGGACAGACAGGUCUCUAUCUGGGGGUAUUUAUUGGGCUGAAGGGAUGUAGCCUACAGUAUAGUAGUUGGUCUUUCUGGGGUUAUAUUCAUGUUGGGUCAGUCACGAGUCGUGAAAGCUGUCAGUUUGUUAGCGGUGACAUUUUCUUAUUUAAUGGUUUUGUUUUAUUUACAUGUUCUUGGGUCAGCGUUUUGACUUUGCCAUCACUGCUGAAUGCUAGUCAUUGUGGCGUUUGAUUGAAUAUGCCUAUACGAAUAAUUUUCUUUCGCCUCGUUCUCACUGUUUCAAUGUGAUAGAAAAUAUGAUGUAACUACACUCUGUUCUUGGGAAUUACAAAUGUAGCCUACUAGACUUUUAUUUGUUUAAAUAAAAAUGUACACGCAAAUUAAAAUUGAACAGUACUAUGUCAUGACAUA